GCACCCGGGGGGCUCCUCGGUGCUCGGGGCUGCCAGCCCUUCCUGGAAGUCCCGAAGCUCUCUCGCAGUGCAGUGAGUUCAUGCGCCUUCUUGCCAAGCCUCCGUCUGCGGGAUCUGGGGAGGCUGUCUGCUCUGCCUCCCUCCUUCUUCUGCACGGCGGUGGCCGGGGUCUCCUCCUCGCCAGGUCCUGAAGCCUCCCCUUGCCCCCCACCCCCACCCCGGGCCUCCCUCCCUAGCUCGCCCCUGAAGAUGCACUGGCAGAGGACUCUGGUGGUCUUGGUCCUGCUGAACUUUGCCACGGUCAGCCUCUCUCUGUCUACUUGCACCACCUUGGACUUUGGCCACAUCAAGAAGAAGAGGGUGGAAGCCAUUAGGGGACAGAUUUUGAGCAAGCUCCGGCUGACCAGUCCCCCCGAGCCAUCGCUGAUGACCGAUGUCCCCUACCAGGUGCUGGCCCUGUACAACAGCACCCGGGAGCUGCUGGAGGAGAUGCAGGGCGAGCGGGAAGACGGCUGCACGCAAGAGAACACAGAGUCUGAGUACUAUGCCAAGGAAAUCCAUAAGUUCGACAUGAUCCAGGGACUGGCGGAGCACAAUGAGCUGGCUGUGUGUCCCAAGGGAAUCACCUCCAAGGUGUUCCGCUUCAAUGUGUCCUCGGUGGAGAAGAAUGGAACCAACUUGUUCCGAGCAGAGUUCCGGGUCUUGCGGGUCCCCAACCCCAGCUCCAAGCGCAACGAGCAGAGGAUUGAGCUCUUCCAGAUCCUCCGGCCAGAUGAGCACAUAGCCAAGCAGCGCUACAUUGGAGGCAAGAACCUGCCCACGCGGGGCACGGCCGAGUGGCUGUCUUUCGACGUGACGGACACGGUGCGGGAGUGGCUGCUGCGCAGAGAGUCCAACCUGGGCCUGGAGAUCAGCAUCCACUGCCCGUGCCACACGUUUCAGCCCAAUGGGGACAUCCUGGAGAACAUUCGCGAGGUGAUGGAGAUCAAGUUCAAAGGUGUGGACAGUGAGGAUGACCAUGGCCGUGGUGAUCUGGGGCGCCUCAAGAAGCAGAAGGACCACCACAACCCUCACCUCAUCCUUAUGAUGAUUCCCCCGCACCGGCUCGACAAUCCUGGCCAAGCAGGGCUGAGGAAGAAGCGUGCCCUUGACACCAAUUAUUGCUUCCGAAAUCUGGAGGAAAACUGCUGUGUGCGCCCUCUCUACAUUGACUUCCGGCAGGAUCUGGGUUGGAAAUGGGUCCACGAGCCUAAGGGUUACUACGCCAACUUCUGCUCUGGCCCCUGCCCGUACCUCCGCAGUGCAGAUACAACCCACAGCACGGUGCUGGGACUGUACAACACCCUGAACCCCGAAGCGUCUGCCUCUCCGUGCUGUGUGCCCCAGGACCUGGAGCCCCUCACCAUCCUGUACUACGUCGGGAGGACCCCCAAAGUGGAACAACUCUCUAACAUGGUGGUCAAGUCCUGUAAGUGCAGCUGAGCCCCCCACCACACCGCCUGUGAGCACGAGAGGAGAGAGCAGGAGCGCCCCCACCUCACCACCUGCUCCUCAGGAAACCCGAAGCACCCCGUCUGGUCUGUCUCCCCUCGAAGCCUGGGGGGCCCCCUCCCCCCGCUGCGGUUCCAGG